UUUUGUUUGUAAUUUUCAAUUAAUACGAUUCAAUUAAUUUCAAUUUCAACGAGGUGAUUGACUCGCCAAACAUGGCCGACGACCCAGAGAGCUCAAUGGACCGACCCACGGAUGACAGCGACACCAGCAAACCGGAGAAUAUGUUCACCCUGAAAAAAUGGAACGCGGUGGCUAUGUGGAGCUGGGAUGUGGAGUGCGACAUUUGCGCGAUUUGUCGUGUGCAAGUAAUGGUCAAGGCGAUCAGUGAAUACAGCAGAUUCGGUUGAAACCAAAGAGACAAUGAAACAAAGGGAAAGGAAUGACUGAUGGAAUGAGUAACAAGAUUCAACUUGAAGCUAUUGCCAAGGGAAAUGAUUGGUAUCAAGAUAUUAACAUGUGUCCAUGGAUAACCUUCUAUGAUCCUAUUCAUUCUAUCAUUUCCAACUGGCUCGAGCUGUUGCUUGGAGUGGAGGUCAGUGGUAUCCCUGUACAGGCUUCAUAGUUCCAUCCAUCUUAAACUCCACUCUGUAUUGAAUUGUAACUUGCCCUCAAGCUUGACUCCACUCCGAGUGUCUGUGGGUAGAUGCUGCAAUAGAUAUUAAAUUGUAUACUAAAUCGUUAGGGAUUGUAGAGCAACUCCAUUGUGCGUGACUGCCCCCAUUACCAGUUCAAUCCAGGCAAAUUAAACAACAGAUUACACAGGCAAUCAGAGAUUCGAAUUGAGGCAACAAAUUCUAGAUCUGUCUAGAAUCAGUCAGGCAUCGGGCGAAUGCACCGCUUUCAGUCCCUGUCCUAAUGGGAAUCCGAUAAGGAACGUACCCCGAAUCGAACCGAGGCCCAUGUAAUGCUCUGCCUUAUCUGCAUCACUAUCACUCCGUUGCAGCGUCAGCAGCCAAAUGUCUCUACAAAUAUUAAAUGCAAUUGUCAAUUAUACAAUACAAAAUGCUGUUGCCAGUCCC